UUCAUAGCUUUCACAAAUGGAGCCUCCAAAAUUAAUCCUUCUUCUGUUAAUGCUUGGAACAAUCUUCAUUGCCAUUUCCAUGGCCCCAGUAGGGGGCGAAAAUGCCAGUGCUAUAAAGGUUGAUGUUGGCGUGAUUCUUGACUCCGACCCAGUAUCUGGGAGGAUGAGACAAGCAUGCAUGUCACUAGCACUGUCAGAUUUCUACGCGAAUCGAAAUCACAGUGCCCGGAUUGUUCCUCAUUUCAGAGCCUCCAUCUCUGAUGAUGUUGAUGCAGCAUCUGCAGCCAUAGACCUGCUGAAAAAUGUUGAAGUGCAAGCAAUCUUAGGCCCUCAGGCAUCAACACAAGCAGAUUUCAUAACAGACAUAGGGAAGAAAGUGAAAGUUCCUGUAAUUUCUUCUGCCACAAGUCCUGCUAUUUCACCAUCCCAAAAUCCAUACUUUAUCAGAGUAGCAUACUGCGCUUGCUGGCAGGUUAAGGCGAUUGCAGCGAUUGUUGAGGCCUUUGGUUGGAGGAGAGUGGUAUUUAUCUAUGAAAAUAGCAAUUUUGGCAGUGGAAUUCUCCCCCAUUUGACUGAUGCAAUGGUGGAAAUCAAUGUUUCAGUGCCAUAUCGAAGUGUUGUUUCCCCGUCUGCUGAUCAUGAACAGAUCAUGGUGGAGCUGUUGAAGUUGAAAACAAAGCAGACACGAGUGUUCAUAGUCCAUUUGCAUCCAACUCUUGCUUCUAAGUUUUUGUUGAGGGUAGAGGAAGCUGGAAUGAUGAGCAGUGGAUAUGUGUGGAUAAUCACGGAUGCUUUCACUAGUACUUUGGUUUCCAAGGAUUCUUCAGUUCUUGAUUCUUUGCAGGGGGUUAUAGGUGUGAAACCUUAUGUCCCAAAUUCAGUUGAGCUGAAGAACUUCAUUGGGAGAUGGAAAUCAAAGGCGUUUCGUCAACAAAAUCCAGACAUGGAUGGAGUAGAGCACAAUGUUUUCGGGCUAUGGGCAUAUGAUAGUGUCACAGCAUUAGCCACAGCACUUGAGAAAGUAGGCACUUCUGGUCUGAAACUCAACAGAACAAUUAAUAGUGAGAAUUCGACAGAUUUGGAUGCAAUUGGGACAUCACAAUUUGGGCCUUUGCUACUUGAAUCAUUACGAAACAUCAAACUAAAAGGACUAAGUGGCGAUUUCCACAUAGUUGAGGGAGAACUGCAACCAUCCGCAUUUCAGAUUGUGAAUGUGAUAGGCAAAGAGAAAGGGGUUGGAUUCUGGACAGAAAAGUAUGGGAUUUCCAAGAAUCCAAACCCAAAUCAUACAACUGUGUACUCUGCUAACAAAGAUGAUCUCGGGGCGAUCAUUUGGCCAGGUGACUCUACUGCUGUUCCUAGAGGCUGGGAGAUUCCCACAGACGAAAAGAAGUUAAGGGUUGGAGUUCCUGACAAAGGAGGGCUUGAGCAAUUAGUUAAAGUCACUAUUGAUCCCCAGACUAACACUACAGUGGCAACUGGUUUCUGUGUAGAUGUCUUUGAACAAGUGAUGAAGUCUAUGCCUUAUUAUGUACCAAUUGAAUAUGUACAAAUCAAACAAAGCCAAAACCAUCCAGAUUACGAUGACUUCGUCAAUCAGGUCGUUUUUGGGAAACUUGAUGCAGUAGUUGGCGAUAUCACCAUUUUAUCAAGGCGGUCCAAACUUGUGGAUUUCACAUUAUCAUUCACAGAGCCUGGGGUCAUCACAGUUGUCCCAGUCCAGCAAGAUGACAAGAAGAGUGCUUGGAUUUUCCUGAAACCUAUGAGUAAAGAACUCUGGAUGAUGACUGCAUCAUUCUUUGUCUUCAUUGGCACCGUGAUUUGGGUACUUGAACACCAAGAAAACAACGAGUUCCAAGGUCCACGCCACAAGCAACUCGGGAUGAUCUUCUGGUUCUCCUUCUCUACUCUUGUUUUUGCACAUAGGGAGAAGGUAAUAAGCAACUUAUCGAGAUUCGUGAUCAUAGUUUGGGUGUUUGUGGUGCUGGUUCUGACAUCUAGCUACACGGCUAGCUUAACAUCUAUGUUAACAGUACAACAGUUGCAGCCUACUGUCACUGAUGUUAAAGAUCUGAUCAAGAACGGAGAGUAUGUUGGAUGCCGGGAUGGUUCCUUUGUUGCUGGAAUGUUAAGGAGCAAGUUUGGCAACAUAAAACUUAGGAAUUAUACCACAUUAGAAGAGUUUGAUGAAGCACUUACAAGAGGAAGUAAAAAUGAUGGAGUUGCCGCGAUUGUGGAUGAGCUACCCUAUCUUAGGCUAUUCCUUGGAAAGUAUUGUGGGAAGUACACUAUAGUUGGCCCAACCUACAAGACUGCUGGCUUUGGGUUUACAUUUCCAAAGGGCUCGCCUUUGGUGCCUGAUGUCUCGAGAGAAAUAUUGAGUUUGACAGAGAGUGACACUUUGACGAGAAUUACAGAUAAGUGGUUUGGGAAUGAAACAGAUUGUUCAAAGCAAGAUGCAACCUUGGUUGGUUCUGAUAGCCUUGCACUGGGCAGUUUUAAAGGACUUUUCAUUAUUGCUGGUGUUUCUGCACUAUCUGCUCUCCUCUUAUUCUUCUGCUCCUUCAUGAAUCAGAACAAAUCGAUCUUAACAUCUGACAUUUCAGUCCUGCAAAAGCUUUCUGCAUUGGCAAAAGCUUUCCAUGAAGAAAAGGACUCGUCUAGGGUGUCUCAAAAGCCGAUUGAAGGCAAUGAAGAUUUGGCUUCCUCCCCGGAGGCAAUAUCUGAACUUUAUCCACAAAGUCCUGAGAUCAGCAUUCCAAAUUCUCCAUGGCAAGGCGUUUUCGUUCUGGAUGAGGGAUUUGCUUUAACAGAACUUGGAAGUACAGUUCGCGAUAGCCUUGCCAUAACUAAUGCAGAAAGAUGAUUCUCAGAACUAUAGUUUUGAUUUAAUUGUAUGGAAUCAUUUGUAUACAUAUGUGAUUGAUGUUGACUUACAUAGAUUUGGAAUGUAAAGAAAAAAAGCAAUAAAAGAAAAGGUAUUCAGUACAUGUAUGGCUUGUGGUUUUGA